UAUAGUGAGAGAAAUAACGUAUGUUCUUCUCCAGUGUUCUAACUCGAAGCAGUAUAUUUUAAACAAACGUUUGAAAGUAUUAAGAGCAGCAAACUUUGAUUUUUAUUGGAAUGGGUCGAAUCGAACCAAUUUAGAAUUCUAAAAUGUUGACCUGAAUCAAAUCAGGUUUUUCUGAUUCAUUUUGGACUCUGCAGGCUAUUUCUGAAUACUAGAUCAUUUAUUUUUCUCAAAAAAAUCUUUCAUGACCUUUCGAAUCUCUAUAGUUUCAAAAUAAAAUUAACAAACAGUUAGUAGUUCACGUAUAAUCCGUAGUUCAAUCUCAAGACGAAAAGAAUAUUUUAAAUAAAAUAAUUAGCAUUUUCCUAUAUCAAAAAAAGCUUACACGUCUUAUUUGGUUCAGUAUUUUGAUUCUCUAGCAAUUUUGAUAGAAUCAUUUUCUGAACGUUUUUUUUUUCAUGGCUGAUGACUUGAUGGUUUUGUAAAACUCCGACCCAAUAAAUUGAUUAUAUAUUUCCAUUUUAUCUAUGCUAAUAUUAUAGUGCUGAAAACUGCUUAGUUUUCAUGAUGAGAAAGACUUAUCUUUCAAUUGUAAGACUAUGGUGCAAAAAUUGUUUAUCUUGUUUAUUUAGGUGAAGAUGACUUAAAAAAAGGUACACAAUUAUUAGAAGUUUAUGCACUUGAAAUUCAAAUGCAUACAACACAAAAGAAUACAAAAAAAUUAAAACAACUUUAUGAACGUUCAUUACAUAUUAAAUCGGCUAUACCACAUCCAUUGAUUAUGGGUGUUAUACGAGAAUGCGGUGGUAAAAUGCAUUUACGAGAACAAGAAUAUGAACGUGCACAUACUGACUUUUUUGAAGCAUUUAAAAAUUAUGAUGAAAGUGGUUGUCCAAGACGUACAACGUGUUUAAAAUAUUUAGUUUUAGCUAAUAUGUUAACAAAAUCAGGCAUAAAUCCAUUUGAUUCACAAGAAGCAAAACCAUAUAAAACUGAUCCAGAAAUUGUAGCCAUGACUAAUUUAGUUAAUGCUUAUCAAAAUAAUGAUAUUAAAGAAUUUGAAUUGAUUUUAAAACAAAAUCGUCAAACAAUUAUGGAUGAUCAAUUUAUACGUGAACAUAUUGAAAUUUUAUUGCGAAAUAUUCGUACAAAAGUAUUGAUUAAAUUAAUAAAACCAUAUACAAAAAUCAGAAUUGAUUUUAUAGCCAAAGAAUUAAAUAUUGAUAUGCAAGAUGUUGAAAAUUUAUUAAUUACGUGUAUUCUUGAUCAGAUGAUAACGGGAAAAGUUGACCAAGUGAAUCAUGUGUUAGAAUUGAAUCAACAACAGAAUAUUCAAGGCAUCGCUCGCUAUGGCGCUAUAACAAAAUUAACUGAUCAAUUACAAUCGGUACAACACGCAUUGGUUGGAAAAUUUUCGAAUUAA